AUGGCGCCGGAAGCUGCGAACCAGGAAGAGGUAGGAAUUCCCGCCGAUCUCCGGUUUCCAAGACGGAGAUAUCAGCCGAAAGCUGUGCAGGAGUUCUGAUGUGAACUUGUUAGAAUCCAUUUUUAGGUGGUUCUUGCGCAGGAGGUGAGCCAUGUGAGGGUGCUCACUCUGAACCGCCCGCGGCAGUUGAAUGUGAUCUCCUCCAGAGUGGUAAGAGUCUGAUGUCUCUGGUGAUCGUCCGAUUUUUCGGGACUUCGUUGUAGGUUCCUGGUGGUAAUGUUCUCGAAAUAUGAUGAUGAACGCCAGGUCUCUCUCGUUGCCGGCUUCCUCGAGAAAUGGGAGAGAGACGAGGAUGCGAAGCUCGUCAUAAUCAAGGUUUUGGGGACUUCUUUCCGGGGUUUUCAGACGAUUUCUGAUUUCAGUCGACUUGAGAGUGCUGUAGGAAUUGUUCAUUAAUAUUUUGCCUUUCAGGGAGUUGGGCGAGCUUUCUCUGCCGGAGGGGAUCUGAAGAUGUUCUACGAGGGGAGAUUAGGUAAUGAGAAAGCGAAUCUAAUCGUAGAACUAUGGUAGAAUAAGUGCGACUUGGACAGCACAUUAGGCUUCCGAGAUGACUUAAAUGUACCACUAAGCAUAAACGAUGAGGUUGCUUCCUGAUAUUGCCUCAUUUAAGGCCCUACACCUCCUCUUGGCUUAAUUUUCGUAGCAAAUUUUAAAAUCUUCGUACAUGUUUUUCUUUAUUUUUCUCCUAGUAGAUAAUUCAUCAACAAAUACUCACGGGUGCUGUUUACAUUUGGCAGACGACUCAUGUCUCGAAGUUGUUUACAGAAUGUAUUGGUUGUGUAAUCACAUUCACAGCUAUAAGAAGACACAGGUACUGGUUCAAUGAGAAAAAAACAUUGCUGAAAUUGGCUACUUUAGAAGAGUAUCAUGCGCACCCCGGUUUUGGAACAUGUGAGCACUAAUCGUGGUCUUCAAACCUCCAGGUAUCUCUGGUUCAGGGAAUCGUCAUGGGAGGAGGUGCAGCUUUCACUGUCCCUUCAAAGUUUUCAGUUGUCACCGAGAAGACUGUGAGAAUCUUUAGAUCUAUGAUUGUGUCUCUUGGGGAAGCUUUCUUAUGAAACCUUGCUUCAAACACUGUCCCAGUAAUUUCCAGAUUUCCAGUAAUUUCAAACACUGUGUCACCCUCUCCUCCCCUAACAACUCAUUUCCAGAUGUUCGCUGUUCCUGAGGCCAGCAUUGGAUUUCAUACUGACUGCAGUUUCUCAUACAUACUCUCACGUCUCCCGGGGCAUCUUGGUAAGCACAUUUCAUUUAUGAAUGCGAUGACACAUCAGAUGGGCAUUCUUUCUAUCCAUGUGUAUAUUAAUGCUACAAUUAGGUGACAAUUAGACCCCCCCCCCCCCUUCCCCACAAAUCGUAGAGAAUAUGACGAAAUCAUCACCAAAAUGAGUCGAUAUCUUUUAUUAUUACUGAGGACUAAUGUGAAUAAAUUUUAGGGGAAUUCUUGGCCUUAACUGGGGCAAGGCUGAGCGGGAAUGAAAUGGUUUCUGCUGGGCUUGCUACCCACUUUGUUCCAUCUGAGGUUUGUGUCCUUUCUUCUUGUUAUGUUCCUUGACUUGGAGUGGAUGUUGAUAUGCUUAUUUGACGGUAAAAGUUUCAUGAACAAUCUCUAAGUUUUGUUGCGUUCAAAUGCUAAGUGGCGACCUAUUUAUGAGCUCGAAGCCUCAACUUUAUGGCAAACAUUCUGAAAAAAACUAUGAUAAAAUUUACACGAUACAUUUAAGAGUAUUAUUGACCCAUUUACUAAAAACUAUUUUGUAUAGUUCUGUAUGAAAAAUGAAUUUCUCUUCCAGGUUCCAUGGCUUUGGUUUGAUUUCUCCAUUGAAACCUUUCUUGUGACAGAAAUUAAACGAGCUUGAGGAGCAUUUGUUGAACUUAAACACGGGAGACGAGGAUAAAGUGAGGACGACCAUUGAAGAAUUCAAAGUAGACGUCCAACCUGAUGAAGAUAGUGUCUUAAACAAGUAAUGGGAUUCUGCAUUUUACGUAGAGGCUUAUGAUUAUUAUUUUUAUAUUUUAUCAGUUGACCUUUGUUCAAAUAGGCUUUCAGUGAUCAACAAAUGCUUCGCAAAAGAAACUGUUGAAGAGAUAAUAUCAUCGCUUGUGAGUCUUCUAGAACUUUAAGCUGCCUUUUUUUUCAUCUGAAAAUUUUCCGUGAUGAAUUUAGUUGGACUAUAUCUCAAAUUUAUUUCAAAUUAUUAUUUUUUUAUACAGGCCGUUUUAAUGACAUAUAUUAUUGCCCUGUAUUAGAUUUGGUUGGUAAAAUUAAACCGAAAUGAAUCAUUGAUUUUACUGGGUGACUUUUUUCACUCCAUCUUUGUCGAGCUUAAACCAAAUAUAAUCUUCAUAGAGGCUCUUAAGAUAUUUCCAUUCAUUUGUAGCUAGAAGAUAAAUCUUGUUAAAGGGAGCAUAAUGGCCUAUUGGUUUCGGGAAAUCUAGUGCAUUGUCCAAGGAGAAUAGCUGCUCCUACUGGGAAAACUAUGCGCUAGGGAAGAAGAGGAGAAGAAACUCCACCAUUAUGGAAACCAAAAGCGAAGAGAAACUUAGAAUGCUAAAGAUGCGCAUCGACAAAAGUUUAAAGAAAAUAGCGAAGGGACUUUAAAACAAUGGUCAAUGGACGAACUCAUAAUGGAAUCAGAGAAACUAACUCUUAUCGUUUCAGACAUCUGUAGGGCACCUGGGGUGAUCUCCAACCAGUCAUUUCUUCUCUAGUUCAGCUAUUGACAAAGAUCUGUGUUCUUGGGCCCAAAGAGGCUUCUUUCUGUCUGAGUUCCUGAUAAAAGGUGAACACGAUUACCUUUUGUCUUGUCAGGAAGCUGAAGCGGGCUCCGAAGGAAAUGGAUGGAUAACCCCUCUACUCAAGGGAAUGAAGAGGUCUGCUCCCACUGGACUGAAGAUAACAUUAAGAUCGGUGAGACCUCUGCCAGCCUAGCGUUCAAUUGCUUUUCCCCUGGUGUUGCCUAGCGUGAUACCUGUUUUCCUUCUUUGACAGGUCCGAGAAGGCCGGAAGCAGACACUAGCUGAGUGCAUGAAGAAGGAAUUCAGGCUCACCAUGAACAUACUGAGAUCCGUGAUCUCAGGGGACGUGUAUGAGGUAAGAGGGAAAAUUUCCAGCUUCAUUUUAGUCCCUUGAUCCAUGCGGCCUCUCCGGAUCUACUGAUCCUUGUUUUCCAGGGUAUCCGAGCUCUGACGAUCGACAAGGACAAUGCCCCCAAGGUUUCCAGCUACCCCGCUCUCUCUCUCUCUCUCUCUCUCUGUCUCUCCCUCUCUCUCUCUCUCUCUAUCGCUAGGGCUAUAACUGACUGUGCUACGUGCAAACUGGAAGUGGAACCCACCAACUCUGGAGGAAGUGAGCAGUGAGAAGGUGGAUCUCGUUUUCCUGCCGUUCAAGGACGAGCUUGAGCUCAACAUUCCAGCUGAAGGUGACGCGUUCAGGUAACAAACCCCAACCCAUCUUAAACUGCCCACGGGGUCCGUAUCGCCUCAUCUUCAGCACCUCCAUUUGAAUAACUGGAGGCAUACACAUACCAUGAGUUCAUAUGAACACUUAAUUAUCUUUAUAAAUAAAUAAAUAAAUAAACAAAAAUAGAAGUAGAUUCCUUUCCUAGUUCUUUCUUGCGGCAGGGUUGACACCAAGAUAAUUUUAUUUAUUUCCUGAUUGAGUUCUACUGCCCUAAAUCGAGCCAGGUGGACCGGCAAGUACGAGGACUCCGUCUACCCGGAGCUGCAGAGCAAGCGCCGCCAGGUAGAGGCGGCUCCCUAA